AACCUCCAUAAGUUAAGUCCCCCCCCCAAAUCUCUUUUCCUCUCGGUGACUGUAACCCCUGUGCAAAUCAAAAUUAAGUCAGGAAUUAACAUGGCGAAGAAGGAAAUGGAGGUGGUGAAGGGGUUAGAUAUCAAAAGAUACAUGGGACGGUGGUACGAAAUAGCUUCGUUUCCGUCGAGGUUUCAGCCCAAAGAUGGAGUCAAUACCAGAGCUACAUACACCUUGAACGACGAUGGAACGGUGCAUGUUUUGAACGAGACAUGGAGUGGCGGCAAGAGAGGGUAUAUAGAAGGGACUGCGUAUAAGGCUGAUCCUAACAGCGAUGAAGCCAAGCUUAAAGUUAGGUUUUAUAUUCCGCCUUUCUUGCCGAUCAUUCCUGUUACUGGAGAUUAUUGGGUGUUGUAUAUUGAUGAUGAUUAUCGGUACGCUCUGAUUGGCCAGCCCGCGAGAAAGUAUCUCUGGAUAUUGUGCAGGGAGACGCAUAUGGAUGAGGAGAUAUAUAAUCAGCUGGUGCAGAGGGCGACAGAUGAGGGAUAUGAUGUGAGCAAACUUCACAAGACACCACAGAGUGAUCCGCCACCGGAGGGAGAUGAAGGGCCGAAGGACACUAAGGGUAUUUGGUGGAUUAAAUCGAUUUUUGGUAAAUAAAAACCAGUGCUCAUGAUUUUUGGUAUAUAUAUAUAUAUAUAUAUAGUUGGUAUUGUAUUAUGUUUUCUGUAUAUUUGAAUGUGUGAUCAUCAACAGAAAGGCUUAUGGGUCUUUCUAAUGGGAAUUUCUUCUCGUCUUCUUUAUUUUUUUUUGUUCUUCUUCUUUUAAUAAUAUUUCUGGGUAAGCAGAAGCUGGUUUAAUUCGA